AUGUUUGAACGAAUCGAGGUCGUCUUCAAAUCACUCGCCGUUAAUGUUGCUAAAGAUACCAGUGUGAUGGAGGGUGCUUCCGCGGGUGCCUGUGUGCGCUCCCCGUGCAAUCUCUAA